AUGGCAACACUGCUCCCAGCGCAGCAGAGCGACGAAAGAGUCAUCAUCGCACUGUCUGUCACUGAAAGAAAAAAGAGGUGGCGUAAAAAGUGACUGUGGCAGCGAACGAAGAAAGUUCCCCAGAUUCUUUCUCCGCUAGCGAAAUUCAACGCCAGCCAGAACCAUCAGCAGUAGUAGCAGUGGUGGUGGACAUCCGAAAUUGUGCGCUGCAAAGUUCCGUGUUUCUCGUUCCGAUCAUCCUGCGGCAGAGGAUCAGGCCCUGGCAAGAUGAGCGACUUCCUGAAAUCGGCGAUGAACUAUUUUAACGCUGGCCCCAGCGUCGGCCAGGACAACGAAUUCGUCGGACAGAUCGUGGAAAUAUCGAACGUGAAGCUGCGAAUCAAGCGCGUUAUCGCAGAAGGUGGAUUUGCGUUCGUCUUCGUCGCACAGGAUGUCCAGUCCGGGAACGAGUACGCCCUGAAGCGACUGCUCGGCGCCGAUAAGGAAGAGUGCAACAACAUUAUUCGCGAGAUCAGCACACUGAAGCAGGUGUCCGGCCACCCGAACAUCAUCAAAUUCGUUGCGGCGACCUUCAUCGAUCGGACCCAGAGUGCGGCAGCCAAGCGGGCGGAAUACCUGCUGGUGACGGAACUGUGCAAGGGAGGCUCGCUGUACGACUGCCUGGAGAAAGACCUGGCCCCGGACACGGUGCUGCGGGUGUUCUACCAGGCCAGCAAAGCGGUUGCCCAUCUGCACACGCAACCGGUGCCGAUCAAUCACAGGGAUAUUAAGAUAGAAAACUUCCUCAUUGGAAGCGAUGGCCAGUUGAAGUUGUGUGAUUUUGGGUCGGCCUCGACCGACACCUAUGCGCCAGAUGUGAGUUGGAAUGCUCAUCAGCGGGACAUGCUGGAGGACCACCUGGGUCGGUGCACGACACCGAUGUAUCGAUCGCCGGAGCAGUUGGACACCUGGGCUAACUAUCCAAUUGGCAUUAAGACAGACGUGUGGGCUUUGGGAUGUAUAUUGUUCUGCUUGUGCUAUCGGAAACAUCCAUUCGAUGAUUCGGCCAAGCUUAGGAUUAUCAAUGCUAACUACACCAUUCCGAACGAUUCGCGGUAUGCGUGUUUCAAUGAGAUUAUUAAGGGAUGUCUCCAGGUAGAUCCUUCGAAGAGGUUCGACGUGUCAAUGAUAUUGGAACGUUUGGCCGCCAUAUCCGAGACAAAAGGCUGGCCAUUGAAGGGACCGCUUGUUCUAGAUGGCAAACCAUUGAAAACGCCACCAAGUGGACCUACGCCGAAUCUUAGCCCAAUGCAUCAUCCGGAAGCUGUGGCAGCAAAUCAUCAUCCUCCUCAGCGACCAGCUCCUCCAAGACCGACUCCUCCGGUCGGAUCCAAUGCAGGUCCUCCGCCACAGGAGAGAAAAAAUCCGCAACGUCCUCCAGAUCCGGUUCGUCCAGCUCCACCGGUCGUUGUUCCUCCGGCUCACCAUUAUCCACAUCCGCAGCCGAUGGUAGGCGCUGUUGGCGGAGGAGGGCUGUUUUCUUCAAUCAAGGGAGGGGCCGGAAGCUUUCUGAAGAACCUUAAGGACACCUCUUCGAAGGUAAUGCAAACUGUUCAGCAGAGCAUCGCUCGUACCGAUCUCGAUAUUAGCUACAUCACACAGCGGAUUUUGGUCAUGCCAUGUCCCUCGGAAGGUUUGGAAUCAACCUAUCGAACGAAUCACAUCGAAGAUGUGAAACUGUAUCUGGAAAGUCGAUACCUUCCUACGAAACUAAGUAUUUAUAACUUGGGCCCUCGGAACUGCCCCAGGCUGCCACCACCGGUUCGAACUGUCGAAGGUAGCUUCCUCUAUUCUCCCGUUCCGGCAUCUUACAAGGCCCCCACCUUGACCGGAUUGUACUCGUUGGCCGAAGACAUGUACGGUUUCCUUAAUGCGGACCCAAAAACCGUCAUCGUCAUCCAGAGUCCAGACUCCGGUAAAGCCAUGGCUGCAACGAUGGUCUGCGCUUUGCUAGUUUACAGCCAGUUGGUCACGGAACCGGAAGACGCAAUGCAGAUCUUCGCCGUGAAGAGAACUCCUCCCAACAUGCGCGCCUCGGAGUUGCGGUAUCUCUACUAUCUGGGUGACAUUGUUCGAUCGGUCCCGCAUUUGCCACACUACUUCCCAGUUACGUUGGUCUCGGUCACCGCCAGUCCCGUUCCCCGGAUGACGAAAGCUCGCGAUGGCUGUCGAAUUUUCGUUGAGGUAGCAUCGGGAGACCGAAUCCUUUUCAGUACCCUUCAGGAGUACGAUCGAAUGCGACUUUAUACCGCAGCGGAAGGCAAAGUUACGCUCACGUUGAAUGUGACCGUCUGCGGAGAUGUUACAGUUACGCUGUAUCACGCUCGGAAUGCCCUCGGUGGUAUGGGACGACCCCAAGGUCUGAAAAUCUGUCAAUUCCAAUUCAACACCGGCUACAUUCCAGAAGAGGAAACACUUAUUAACUUUACCAAAACCGAGUUGGACGAAGUUCCCGAUGUGGAACACGUGCCACACGGUUUCCACGUAGGAUUGUCCGUAUUUGUCGGCGAUUCGGAACGACCGCCAUCCAAUCAACCUCCCUGGAUUCCAGCCAAGCCCCAAAGAGAUCCAAAGGUACUCUUCGCUUCCCAGCUAGAAUAUGAAGAAAACGUAGACAACUUCAUUUCAAAGCCAACCGCUUCCAAGCCAGCUGCCGCUCCAAGUCGCCCACCGCCUAGGCCAGCACCUCCUUCGCCACAACCCACGAGGGCUAACCCCACUCCUCCAGCACCAACCGAAGAGCCCCCGCAAAACCCCCCAAGCGAUGCGGAUCUUCUCAAUCUGAGCAAUGCUAGUCAAAAGACAUCGACAUCGGAAGACCAUCCGAAGCCAACUGAAGCUACAUUCGACCUUCUGGGAGGGUUCGCCCCUCCCGUGAUCGAAACCUCCAGGUCCAACCCCAACACAGGAGCUUCAACGGGCCUCGACGACAUCUUCGGAACCAUGCACAGCGGUCCGACGCCGCUCCAAACCACCAAAUCCAGUACCGAUCUCAACGGACUCAAUCUUAACUUCGACAACUUUGGGGGUAUUGCUCAACCGGCUGCCGCUCCGAACGGUUCCGCCACAACUACCAACGGGGUCAACAACCAGUUCAACAACAGUUUCGGGUUCGAUCCGUUCGCCGGGAUUAGCGCCAGUGCAUUCCACAACAGCCACCAGGCGCAAACCCAACAAACACAGUCGACGCAGCAGACUCAACCUGCCAGCAAAGAUCCGUUCGCGGACAUUGGCAACCUAGCUUCGAAUUUAGGCACCGCGGGAGGAGGUUGGGGUAAAUCCGGCACCACCACGACGCCCAGUCCACGCUCGACCCAGUUCUCUAGUCCGACGCAUCACUUAAGUGGCGCCAGUACGGCCAAUCCUUCCCCAAGGGCGCCAUCAACUCCGAUUCAUCAGCAACAACAGCAACAGCAGAUGCGCAGUCCCAACGCAGAUCCGCAGCGGCCGGACUACAGUCGGUCACACUUUGACCAGCCGAAACCGGGCGCCGCCGCCAGCAACGGGGCAAAUGGAAAUGGCCCGAAGGAAAAGUCCGGCGACAUCUUCGGCGAUAUUCUGGGAUCGCAAGGGUACUCGUUCGGAAGUUUGAAGAACCAGGGUCCGAAGACGAUCAACGACAUGCGCAAGGAGGAGCAGAUCAAGGAGAUGGAUCCCGAGCGGUUGAAGCUGAUGGAGUGGACGGAAGGCAAAAAGAAUAACAUUCGUGCGUUGCUGUGUACGGUGCAUACGGUACUGUGGCCGGGGGCGAAGUGGACCAAAUGCGACAUGCAUCAACUGGUCAGCGCAGCGGACGUGAAGAAAACGUACCGGAAGGCGUGUCUGGCCGUGCAUCCGGAUAAGCACACCGGAACCGACAACGAGAGCAUGGCCAAGUUGAUCUUCAUGGAGCUGAACAACGCCUGGAGCGAGUUCGAGAAUGACGCCACACAGCAAAAUCUGUUCGCAAACUAGAUUCAAUUAUUCCGCUACACGUACAUACGGUUACUAUAACUAUUCCCUAUCCUUCCCCUGCUUGUUAAGCGUAGAAUGAGCCAACGCUGCAUUUGUUAAUGUUGUUGGUUGUGUUGAAUACUACACACUUACAGACUCCGUUUUCCGCUGGUUCGAGGUAAGUUUGUUCGAAUCAAUCUUAUUGUUUUCCGGCUAUCGGUUAGGGAGAAGACACAAAGUUUUACCGAUUUUAAGGACUAAUGAUAUUCUGUUCGGUAUGGUCGAAUUUACUUUUUCAUUCGAAUUAUGUAGUUUUUAAAGGAGGGUCAUUGCAGCUGGUUGCACAUCUAUCGACUAAGUGAAAAUAUAUUUGAAUAGUGCUUUUUCAACAAGGACAAACUAUAUUGAGUUCUAGAUUGCUCUGUUUAAAAUCAUUAAACAUAUAUUCACAGGCUGACAAAUGGAACUAUCGACAAACACAAAGGUUAUGAAAAAUCGACUACGAUAGUUUCAUUCACCAGACUGUAAAUAUAAUAAAUAUAUUUACUGCCCAGGUAUCUCUCAAUAUGCUCAGCAGCUCUUGAACAGUAACGAAAAUUAUUACUUACAAAUUGGUUCAAAUCGAGUCCACAGAAGACAGA